AUGCAAGGCUACUCCUUUGCACCUCCGACGGGACCUCCCCGCGAGGGCCAGAAAAAUUACGUGUUUGUUGAUGAGCAUAAUCGUCACAAGAGGCUAAAGGUAAUGCGCGCAUGCAAUGGCUGCCGGAAAAGGAAGAUCAAGUGUGAUGCUGCAACAACUAAUACCUGGCCAUGUUCGGCUUGCACUCGUCUGAAACUGGUCUGUGUUCCUCCAACAAUCGGACAGGAAGGGGAAUUUGGCCCAGAGGCCCACGACGUGGAUCCCACUGAGACGGGAAGUGCCUCCGGUCAAGAGGCCUCUCACCAUUCAUUCUCAGUAUCUCCAGCCUACAGAGAUGGCAAUCAAGCCACCCUGGGGCCCUUGCCUUCGUACGAUGCAAUGGGCAUGUAUUCCCAGUUCGUUCAUGCCCCUCCAGGCCAAUCUGGAAUAUAUAACGGCAUACGAUCUCCUCCCAUGAUCAUACCACCGCAACCUUAUCAACAGCCUUCAAUAUAUUCCGCCACUCAGUCAUCUUCCAUUGGCCCCACGGAUCGGGCAGUCUUCGUGGAACCUGACUCGUCUACGGCAGAGAACCUCAGUGAGGUUUUGGGGGAGCUGAAAAUCGACGAGACAGGCAUCGCUCCCUAUAUUCGAAGACAACGAACGGAUCGCAUCGAGCCUGAUGCCCCUGUUCAAGAUGACGCGGAAGAAAGGUUGCCGCCGCUCAGCACAGGCGCGGGUGCCACGAUUCGAAUCCCACCAGAGCUCAUGCCUGCAGAGGAGGACGUGAUGGAGUAUUUCAAAAUUUACUUCGAUGAGAUUCAUCCAUACGUACCUGUCAUACCUCGAGCCCAUUUAUACUACCAAUGGCAAAAUGAUCGCCGCUCUAUAUCUCCUCUUCUUCUCGAGGCUUUGUUUGCGUGUGCUGGGAGGUUAUCGGAGGAGCCUGCUGAGGGUGCCCAGUGGCUUGCGCUGGCAAACAGACAUGAAUCGAGUUUUAUGGACGUUCCACGAGUGAGCACGAUCCAGGCCAUGCUUCUCCUCCUUAAAGCCCGGGAGUCGUUACCCAAGAAAGGAUAUUAUUACCGGUCCUGGCAGACUGUCAAAACCAUUAUCGCAAUGGCCAAGGAUUUGGAUAUCCAUGAACAUUAUAGCAAUCACGCAGAAAGACGGCCUUGUGAUCUGAGCCCGAUUGAAUGUCUGAUUCAAACUCGGAUCUGGCAGGUCCUUUUAGUGGUGGAGGUGAUGAUCGGAGCACCCCAGGGUCGCUCGGAUUAUGGCGUUGACCCCCAGACUGUUGAUAUGCGCCCGUCGUUGGAUAUCAGGGGCUUGGAUGCCUAUGAGACCGAUCGCUCACGGCAAUAUGCUUACUUUGUUCGCAACGCACAUCAUAUUCGCAUCAUCACAGAUCUUUAUCACAAGGUAAAAAAGCAAAAGGACUGGGGCGCCGAUCCUCGAUUCGUGCAGAAGAACCCCCUUUUCGAUGAUUGGCUUCACAACCUACCACCUGAUCUGCAGGUCAAUUAUCCGCCUGAUGGCUCUGCCCCAUGGCUCCCUUCUCAUUUCGUGGGCAAUAUGCAUUCUCAUUGUCACCUGGCGAUCAUCCUACUCCAUCGACCACAGCUUCAAGCAUCCCAAUCAUUUGCAGCAGGGGGGGACUGGAAGGUUCAUUUCUCUUUGUGCUAUUCAUCGGCCAAAAGCCUCUGUCGCUUACAGGAGGCCAUUCUGGAACGAUUUGGGUUAUCCGGUUUGUUAUACAUGCAGCGGGGGAUCAACUUCUCCAUAUAUUGUAUUCUCACAUGUACCAUGCUUCAUUUGGUCGCAAUCACGUCUCCUGAUCCCGAAUUCAACUCGGAUGCUCGUGAAUUCUUCACCCGCCACAUGCGCAUUCUCGAGCGAUGCUCUACUGCCUGGCCUAUGCCGGAGACUCAAGCUCAGAUUGAUUCUUUGCGACUGGCCUUCUCGGCGGAUACCAGUCGCGCCUUUGAGCUUAAGCCAAGCUUCCCUUACGGCAGUCCCUCAGAGAGCUACCACCCUAGUCCGCCUAUGGAUGCGCAUUAUCAUCCGCACUUGAGCCAUGUCCAAUCUAGAGUGGGUUUCAAUACACAUCCAAUUACUCCUCCGAUUUCCGCUGGUGCUGAAGACUCGAAGUCCGACACAUCCUCUCAGUUGCAAUCCCUUGGAAUGGUCCCCCAUCAACCGGCUGCCACCCAUUCUCUCGAUCAGCCUUUGGUGGAUGAAAACAGCUGGGACCCGUCCCGAAUCAUCCAUCAAUGGGAUAUGGCCUUCUCCGUGAAUCCCUCUACCGUCAGCACCAACUCUCCCCCAAUGCCGAUGAGUAACCCAGCCCAACAACCGAUGUCAAAUAUGGUAAAUCACCAAUACUCAAUUCAGUACGACUCGCCCUCCAGGGUAGCCCUCCCCCCGACACAAUCAGUCUCCCCGCCACAAUUUCAAGCACCCCAGGUUGUGUUCAGCGCUCGCGACUGGCAACAGAGCGUAGCAAGUGUAUAUGAUCCCCAAGGUUCGAAGCGGCGGUGGAAUUAUUCAGUUGACAUGGACUCUGACAACAUCGUCAAACGUCAGCGUGGAUAG